UUUUAUCAAAAUGGUUUUGGUUAUUAAAUUUUAGUUUUAAUUCAAAAUAAUCAUUAAACAUAGCUUUCAUAAAAGCUUUUAAUCAUCGUUUAAUAAUACAAUAGAGAUUUCAUUGCAUUCCACUAAUUCGUGGAUUUACAGUUAUUCGCGUAACACGUAUUUUGUGCAUCGAACAGUGAAUUAGGCCACAUAGCGAUCUCUCCCUAAAAUACCGCUGUUCUGGUUGUCGACGUAUCAAGAUAAUUAUAGUAAGGCGGGAGAGUGAUGUUCUGGGAGGUCGCGGAUUGGUAUUGUGAUGUCAUCUAAAGGGGAAACAGAGGCCGAUUCAGGCACGGUGUCGCCAAAUUUGAACACGGAGAAAAAUGAACCUGUUGCUACUGUCAGUAAAGAAACAUCAAAAAGAGGUACUACUUUAAAAUGUACCACUUGCAACAAUUUUUCCACUUCGAGCGUUCGAACUUUAUCCACACAUAUGGGCCAAUGUUUCCCUGAUAAUAACAAUGUGGCCGCUGCACAGAAUACAGACACGCGUCCACAUAGAAAAAUAUUCGAAUGCGAUGUGUGCAAUAUGAAGUUUUCAAAUGGAGCUAACAUGCGUCGACAUAAAAUGCGGCAUACAGGGGUCAAACCGUACGAAUGUCGCGUUUGUCAGAAAAGAUUCUUCAGGAAAGAUCAUUUGGCCGAACAUUUUACAACCCACACUAAAAGCUUGCCGUAUCAUUGCCCAAUAUGCAAUAGAGGAUUCCAGCGUCAAAUUGCCAUGCGUGCUCAUUUCCAAAACGAACACGUCGGACAGCACGACCUCGUCAAAACUUGCCCUUUGUGUAGUUACCGCGCCCCGACCAUGAAGAGUCUUCGAGUACAUUUCUUAAACAGACACGGCAUAGAUCUCGAUAACCCUGGCCCGGGCAACAACUCUGUGUCGGUGCUGGCGGCGGGCAUCGCGAACGCGGCGUACGGCGAGGGCUCCAUGGAUCCGAGCACCAUGUCGGCGCUGGGCGCGCUGGGCUCGGGGCUGUCCGUGUCGGUGGCGGCCGCGUACUCCGACAGCGGCGACAGCAACGGCGCGCGCUCGCUCGACAACGCCACGCCGCCGAUGCACUAUCUCACCCCGCACGUCGAAAUAUCGAUGGCCGACAACAACGAAACUUUCUCACCUGCUCAAAACCAUUCCGAUUCUCGUGUUAACGGCGAGGGUCCCAGCUCUCCGCAAUCAGGCGACAGCGCUAUCGCCAGUAGCUCCCUCACCGCCGGCCUGCCUGCUAACAUCACUCCCUCCAUCACUCUCAUACCCAUCAAGCAGGAGCCAAACACGCAGGAGGAAGGUUCGGGCGACGGCGGCGGCGAGACCAACGGCGACAAGCGCGGCGUGUCGUCUAGUCUCUCGUCAAUCAUUAAAGUAUCGCCCCUUAAAAGCUUACUCAGGGAAGAUCUACGUCGCCGUAUAACAGCCCGCGGUCGCGGGAACCGCUCUAACGGUUCCCGCGCGUCUCCUUCCGAGGGCGGCGUGAUCACGUCGACAUACGGCGACGCGGCGAUGUUGCCGUCGUCGCUGGUGUGCACGUUCUGCUCCAUAACGUUCCCGGACUCGACGCUGUACUUCCUGCACAAGGGCUGCCACUGCGACUCCAACCCGUGGAAGUGUAACAUCUGCGGCGAGCAGUGCUGCAACGUAUACGAGUUCAACUCUCACCUGUUAAGUAAGAGCCACCAAUGACUGUUUGCUGGGGGGCCGUUCGAUCACUGACUACUAGUUGAUGAUGCACUAUUCCUAUGCGAUCUGACGCAUAGACCCGUUAGCACUUCGAAGAUACUUCACCGUUACUAGAUACUAGAAUGUUUUCUGUCUUUUCUUGUUAACGUUUUCUAAUUCUUGUUAAGCACUGUUGAGUUGAAGUGCUUCGAAUAUGCUAUACGCUAAACGUCCCCCCGAAGCUGUCUUAUAUAAAAGUGCAAAUUAUGUCGAGGUAUAUAGUAUAUAUAUAUAUACGAGGUAUUUUAGGGGUUAUGAUAGAUAAAUGCGCGAGGAUAUUUAUAUCGAUAUUUUAGUACUUAAAUGGGUAAACGUUCAUGGUAAUUGUGUUAACUCUUAAUACAUUAUCAUGUUAAAAAUAUGACUUAUGUUAAGACUCGAGAAAAGUAUACAUUCCAAAUUGUAACCCGUACAUUCCAUAAAAUAAUGAGAUUGACAUUUGAAUCGUUAAAAUCUUUGGCGGGGAAUGAAGUGGCUACCUACUUAAAAGUUAUCAUAAAGAAGAUAUAUUUUUAUUUAUUGUUUAUCUUGCAGUACUCAGCUGCACUUAACCGUAAUCUAAAAUCAAAUUAAGAGUAUUUUGGUGCGAUAGUGAAUUAUACAAAUGUUUAUUAUAACUUAAAUGGAGAAGAGUGUACAAAUUAAUAUAUUUUUACAUUUCGCUGUUGACAAUUUUAUGGGAGGCAAAGCCUGCAUAUCCGUGAUUAUUUAAUUAUUGUGAUCAUGUACAGACGGGAAUUAUAAAUUCUAUAUUCCAUUUUAUUUCUUGUUAAAAAAUGCAUUUGAUGCAAGUCCACGACUAAUACUUAAUGUACAAGUUUAUUUUUUGUUAUUUUUAUUUAUUUAAUCUUCUAAAUUGCGAGCUAGUUUUAAAUUUUCUUUAUGUACUUAAAAACUAUUUUAUGGUGCAAAUAAUGAUUAUAUGAAGAUCAUAUGCUAGAAAAAAGAAUUGGAAUUAUACCACGAACUUGCUCAAUAUCGCUCAAGUAUAGAGCAUUUUGAGUUUUCUUUUCGCACAAAAAGCAUAAUACACAGGUAAUAUAUAAUAAUAUGAUUCUUGUGCCGCAAUUAAUGCUCCCUCGGCAAAUCGAGUGCUAUUAUUAGGUGCCUUCUCAUUUCAAUGUUACCAUGUCACGUUGUACUGUUGAAAAUUUUAUUUUAAAAUUAAUUUAUAUUACUUUUUUGUGUUCAAUUAAAUUUGAUGAAGCUAUGAACUAUGGUUCAUCAAUCAAACUAUGAAUAUGCUCUUGGUUUUUCACCCUAAAUUAUUAUCUAAUUUCUAAUUUAACUUUUUAUUUAAAUUUAUUAUUCUCUUCAAACCAACCUAUGAUGGAGAUUUUAAUGUGUAAAACGAAGCCUUUAAAAAGGAAUUAAAUAUGAGAAUGUGCUCAACAUAUAAGUGAAUUAGUCGAAUACUAUUACGAAACUACUUAAAUAUAACCAUAUCAUUACGAAAAAUACAAACAAAGAAACAAAUUAUUCAGGCCCAUUACAUCAAUUAAAAAUGUUCAAUUAUAUAUAUUAUAUAAUUAAUAAGUAUAGAUUAAUUGAUAGAUUUAUAGGGUACCCAUUUUAUUUUAUUAUAAUGCAUUCCAUGUUUUAACUAAUUGGUAAUUCCGUUCCACUACUGUUCUUUUUACCUGAAUGAGACAUUCCUUUAGCUAUUAAGUACUUAAUAUUCGGUUGUGGUCUUGCCUGAUAAGUUAUCGAAAAUGUCCUUAGAUGAAACUGAAAUUAUGUUUACCAACGAAAGUUUGAGUUUUGUUUUGUUAGUUACAAUGGUACUAGGUAUAAGGCGCGGCAACGCUACGUGGACCGAGUGAGUUACCUGAACAUAGCAACACUUGUUUAUAUUUUAAUUUAUACAUCACUAGAUUUUAAUCGCCAAAAAUAAAAUAAUACAUUAGCGGUCGCAUGUUGUAAAUGUGUAAAAUUUUUUUUUGUACUAAUUCUGAUAGCCUUAAUAGGCUAUUUCAGCUUCUCCUUCACGUGUAGAUGAGCUCUCGGGGCUCAAACCCGGAGU